ACUGACCCAGGAUCAGCUUCUAUGGGCAACUUCACCCUCCUCCACAGCCAUUUACUGUGGCUCACGCCUGUUUUGUAUCCAACCCCCUGCAGGUAAAGUAGCUCUGUACCACAAGAGUUCACCUGCUCUACUGACCACCUCAUUUGCCCCAAGGUUUAUGGAUCUCACUCAUGGUCUUCUCUGUUGCUAGGAAUAUUUCUACCAUAUUUCUACAACACUUGAUUGCACAAUCAAGAAUAUCAUUGAAUCCUCGUGUCACUUCUAAUGUAUCAGAGAUCUUUGUUGUGUUCAAACUUGAAAAUAGUCUGGAGCUGUAAGAUUUCUGUGGAUUCUCCAACAACAACUUAUGAUAUGACAUGACAAUACAUCAACAUAAGUGGUUAACUAUGCAAAUUAGUCUGUAUAUAGUCUGUAUAUAUUCAAUGUGUUCCAGCUGGUGAAGAGGUGCCAUCGCUAUGGGAGUGAGGUAACAAAGCUUUGCUCUAGACAGUUCUUCAGCCAAACUGGAGGAUUGAAACAGUCAACAGUAGUUUGCAAAAACUUGCAGUUUGAUGGCAGCCAAGGAUUUUUCCAAAAUGGAGUCUCAACGAUGGUGGGUCAGUUCCCACCAGGUUCUGUUCAUCAUCUGCUGCAUCAUGGUACAGGCGCCAUGCCUGAGAUGUAAGAUAGUGGUGAACUGCACCAACCCCAACACCAUAGCCCUUCUGGCCGCCCUGGAGAACGUCAUGAAGUUGUACUCCAUACGACCUGUCAUGAACCUCUCAACCCCCACCAACAUCAGCAUGUACUUCACUCUCUACGGCAUCCUGGGUGUGGAAGAAAAAGCACAACUGUUGAACACAUACAUUUGGCUGGUGAAGGAAUGGGAGAAUGAAUUUUUCAGCUGGGACCCAGUCCAAUGCGGCUCUGCCAAUAUUUCUCUCCCCAGGGAAAUGUUCUGGUCACCAGAUGUGGUAAUCAAUGAAUUUAUGGAUGAAAACAGAUCUCCCACCAUCCCUUAUGUGUACAUUAAGCACACUGGUAAAGUGCGAGACGCCAACCCUGUCAGAGUGGUUAGCUCCUGUAACCUGGACAUCUACACCUUCCCCUUUGACGUCCAGAACUGCACCUUCACCUUCAACUCCUACAUCCACCGUGUGUCGGACAUAAGGAUUAUUUUAGGGAAGAAGGUGGAGGACAUCCUGAAACGCUCCAUUAGCGUGUUGUCCACCGAAGGGGAGUGGGAGCUGAUGGACAUCAAAUCCAGGAGGUUCAAUUUAUCAGCACCUGAUCAGGGAGAAAGCAACCCCUAUGAUGAGCUCUACUUCUACAUUGUCCUGAGGCGCAGAGCAACCCUCUACGUGGUGAACCUCCUGAUCCCCAGCUUCUUUCUCAUCACUGUGGAUCUCUUCAGCUUCCUGCUGCCUCCCCAGAACGCGGACCGCUCCUCCUUCAAGAUGAGCCUUAUUUUUGGUUACUCCGUCUUCCUGCUCAUCGUGAAUGACCUGCUGCCAGUCACAGGAAGCACCAUACCAUUGAUAAAUGUGUUCUUCGCCAUCUGCUUGGCUCUGAUGGUGGCCAGCCUGCUGGAGACUAUUCUCAUCACGAACCUCCUGGUCGGCUCCAGUAACUUCCGCCCAGUGCCUGGCUGGGUCCGAGUGCUCGUCCUGCGCUUUAUGGGCACCCUCGUCUGGCUGCCUCAGAAAUCCAGAGAGGACAAGAUCAUCCUCAAUCCAGUUGCAAGAGAAACAGUCUGCCCUCUAGUGACGGUGGAGAGACAGGUUCAAACAGGAGAACCAGGUAAGAUGUGGGCAGAGGCAGGCGAUCCAGCCCUGGCGGAGCUGAGGAAUCUGAGCAAUGAGCUCCAGUCCAUCCGCCUCCAUGUGGCCCAGCAUGUGGACGGGAACCAGAUCUCCCAGGAUUGGAUGCAGGUGGGCUACAUCCUCGACCGGCUGCUGUUUGGCAUCUACUGCAUCUUCAUCACCUUCAGCUUCAUCGUCAUCCUCAGCGUUUGGAGUAAUUAUCUUAAGUAAUUUGUACAACCAGUGAUGUAAUUAGAAAAAUAGGUGGUUAAACGCCAUUCGUUGUGAAAAAAGUAACGCUCCCUAUAUUUUCUUAGCGUUUUUUCAUGAUAGGUGGCAAAAUAUUUGUGUAAAAUACAAAAUGUGUGGAAAUAGUGCUUACCCUCCACUACACCACCGUGUACAAGACUUAAGAGUCUCCCGUGUUGUCAACUGCUGUUUAGAUUUAAAAACAAUUACCUUAAAAUUAGAAUAACUUUAACAAUUGUUUGUUUGAUCUUCUGGCUGCACUGAGUAGGUGUGUUGACUUAUAUAUUACUAUAUUAGAUUAAAUAUAUUUUUUCUUUGUCAAAUAAACAUACUU